UGAUGUCAGAUAAUCUUUAGGUGAAAUAAAGAAGAAGAAAUUCACCUUAAGAAGGUGAAUAGGACAUUGCUUAAAGAUAAGAAAAUAAAUAUAAUAAAAUUCAAAGGUAUUUAAUCAUGUAUAAAAAGAAAUGAUUUAUAAGCUUAUGUUUAAUAACCUAAAAUCAAACGUAAUAGAGAUGAUUAAAUAGAAGAUCCUUAAGAAGAUGAUGAUGAGAAUUAAUCUGAUAAAUUUGGUGGCUUUGUUUUCACAAAAACAAAAAGUAUUAUAUACUUAUUAUUUAAAUUAGACGAACCCAAAAAGUAAUAUAUCUAUGAGCCUAAAAAAUAAUAGCCACUUUAAUAAUAAAAGAAAGAAUAUCAACCAAAAAAAGAUUAACAACAAAAAAAGAAGCCUGAAAAGAAAGGUAAUAAGUAGUAACAAUAAUCUUAAUAACAGUACAAAUUUAUUGUUAUAAAUUAGAAAGGAAAUAUCUAUUUAAUAAUUAGGUGAAUUAGAAAAAUUACAAUAACAUUUGAUAAAUUGUGGAAUUUCUAUUACUUAAAAUUAAGAGAAUUUUGAUUCUGAGCUUGUUUUACCUCCUGAUUUUAAUAAGCCAUUAUCUAUCCCAAGUUAACCAAUAGUUGCACCUCCUCCUGGUUUAGUAGAUAAAGAUAAAUCUUCUGAUUUUGUGGAUAUCUUAAAUUAAUUAUAAGAUAAUGAUUCAGAUGGCUAAAUGAAUUAUGAUUAACAUUUUUCAUCCUCAGUUCUUACUAGAGGAUCUUUUCCUAUUUAGACCUAACCAUUAAAUUAAUUUAAUAAUUAAAAAUUAAUACCUAACAAUAAUCAAAAUUUUCCAAAUAAUUCAAAUGAUUAAAAAAACAAGGAAAAAAAGAAAAAAAAUAAGAAAAAAAAACCAAAAAAUAAUAAAAAUUAACAAGAUUUGGGAAUCAUUAAUAAUUAACCUGAUUUUAUGAAUUAAAAUUCUGCUGAAAUCUUUGAUCCUUUUAAAGUUGUUCCAUUUUCAUUUCCUUAAUAAUAAAUGGGUAGAAACAAUUUACCAGAUCCUCUUAAUAUUUCAGGACCAACUUUCACAACUCCAUUAGGAUUUGCUCCUCCAGGAAUGAUGGGUUUAGGUCCUCAAAUUACUCCAUUCAAUUCAAAUCUCUUAGGAGCACCAUAAUCUCUUGGAUUUCCUCCUGGACCUAAUUUAGGAAUGGAACCUUUAGAACCUACUUUCCCUAUGGGACCUAAUAUUGGAUCUAUGAGAAUGAAUUAAAUGAUGCCUCCAAAAUUUAAUCAAAUGCCUAAUAUGUCUAAUAUGCCUAAUAUGCCUUAAAUGCCUAUGCCUAUGUAAAUGGCACCUCCUCCAUAAAUGAAAAAAUAAUCUAAUAAAAAUCAUAUGAUGAUGCAACCUCCUCAAAAUUAAUUUGAUGGCUAAAUGUUUUGUCCUACUAUGAUGCCCCCACCUAUGGGAAAUCCUUUUCCAGAUUUUCCACCAACAAUGCCUAUGGGAUAGUAGUACCCUCCUAAUUUAAUGAAUUCUGGACCUAUUUUAGGAAUGCCUCCUAUGAUGAAAUUUGAUGAUGAUUUUGAUUAGAAUUGGAUGCCAAAUGAUGGAAUGAUAUAAAUGCCAACUCCUAUUUAAGUGUUCUCCAAUCAAAAUUUCCCAAAUUUAUCCUAAGUCUAACAUCCAGAUUCAUAUUUACAAGAACCUGAAAAAUUCAUUCCUUAAUAAAAAAAGAUUAAUGAAAUAAAAAAUGGAAAUGAUAUUAAUAGUGAUCAAUUUUAAUAAGUACCUUAAAAUACUGAUGGAUAACCAAGAUAACGAAAGUAAUUCUUAAUCUAUAUAAUUUUAUAGAAAAUUAAAUUUGAAUUCUAAACCAUUUUAUCCAGUAAAUCCUUGACUGU